GUCUGGGCAGGAAAAAUGAUCUAGCAUCCUGGGCUGCAACCAAUGCAGACCCUGGUCUGGGAGGCGAAGGACGGCGAUGUAUAUACUUUGUGAUGACAUGAUGUCCUGAGAAUGACAGAUGAGCACGUUCAAGACACAAUGGAGGAGUUUCUUCUCUCCCAUGGUUACCAGAUGGGUAAAACCAUUGGAGAAGGGACAUAUUCAAAGGUCAAGGAAGCUUUUUCAAAAAAACACCAACGAAAAGUGGCCGUGAAAAUUAUAGACAAAAUGGGAGGACCAGAAGGUAAGAGCCAGGAAAAAGCAUUAAGCACAAGACAGAUAAGGUUCUGCCAGUUCACACACCUAAAUUGAGGAACGAAUAGGCCCAGUAGGUUGUAUUUUCCUCCAGGGAGUUGGGAUCCUGUGGCACAAUUGCCUGCAAUUGUCAUUGAAACACUCUGCAAAAGCAUUGCCAUUCCUCUGAACGGAGACUGGGCUGUCUUUGCCGAUGUGGCUGACCAGAUUGUUUUACUACAAAAUGUAGCAAACUGCUUACUACUUUGCAGGAUUUGUCCUUUCUGCAGGUGCUUCACCAGAAUAUUUGGGGUGGGGUGGGGAGAAGAGGAGGUAAGGACAGUGAACUAAAGAUCCCUAAGAGCAAGCAGGAACAGCCUCCUACUCUAUCUUGUCUGGAAAUACGGGGCCCCUUUAAACAUCACUCUGGUUUUGUCCAAAUUGCUUUUAUGCAAGUGGUAAAAGGAACCACCAAAACAGCAGGGCUGAUUAUGCAGCAACCAACAAAGGAAGCUCCCCAUGGGAAGACGUCUGAGGUUAGUCCUUGCCCAUGGAGGUGGCAUUGCUAUUCAGCCUGUUGUGGACAGUUGAGAAGGGGGGUGUAUCACAGCUCCAGCUUUUUGCUGGAGGGCCAAGUGGCACAGAGCAGCUUCCAACCAGCAAAACUGGUACACUAGCUGUGGCUUUUUCUUGCACAUAGAGCCUGGCCAUAGUUAUCCAUGGUCUGACAUUCUCCUAGUUAGUACAAUGGGUUGUGUGGGGACCAGCUUUGAAGAUUGCUUGGGAAGGACAGCUAAUUCCAGACACAGAUGCAAGCUUCCUCACUAGGAUCAGGUAUUGGAAACACAUUUCACCAAUAAUGGUCUCCACUAGCUCCUGGUGUGUUUUCAAGUGCAAUUCUAGGUGCUAAGUUUUCAAUCCAUGGCUUAUGAUCUGGGCAACUGAUGGAACAUUCCAACAUUGACCAGUCCAAGCCCCAAAAUCUAUGAAGGUCUUCUUCACUCCCUUGUCUGAGGGGUGCUGAGUGGCAAUUAGGAUGAGGACUUUUUUGGUUUUAACCCCUCUUUUCCCAGGGAAGCUUGCCCAGUACCUGCUUAGAGGCCUUUUAGGCACCAGGCAAACCCCUAUUUAUUUUCUCAAGCUUUUUAAAACUAGAUUGUUUUUAACAUUCAUUUCUAGUGUACUGUUUUAGCAUAUUGAAAGUCAGCAUAUAAAUGCUUCAAUUGAAUCAUAUCUCCACCUAUGGUGGGGUUGUAUUAAGAGUGCAAGAAUUUUGGGCAAUGGUAUUCAGAGAAAUUAGUAAGAUUUUGAACUACCACUUUCUCCCAACUUCUCAAUUAGCCCUUUUAUUUAUAUUUGUCGAGGGUGAUAAAAAAUUGCAUAAUAAAGACUUGCUAGUACACCUGAUUAUAAUAGCUAGAAUGACCGUGGCACCGUUUUCAAAAAAUUGGGACGGGGCCAAUCUUACUACUUGGUACACUGAAGUUUGGAUAUUGCCUGCUGGAAAAACUAAUAAGCUAAGAGUCCUUAGGGGCCAAAGAAAAAGGGAUUUCAUGCCUGUUUGGUCUGACUUCAUUUCGUUUGUAAGCAAGGAGGAACAUGGCCAAGGAUUCCCCCUCAGCCUAUGAACUAAUAUGACUUAUAAAGUAUUCAAAUGUCCUGAAUCAAAUGUAAUAACUUUCCCUUGUAUAAUAGGGCAUAUGUUUUGUAACUCUCUUUUUUUAACCAUUACAUCUAUGUAAUGGCUACCUUCCACACAUUCACAUACCUGUGGUUUAUUUAUUAUGGUUUAUUUUAUGUCUUUGUUUGACAGUGAGCUAUAAUUGGUGAUGGACAAUGUAUAUUGUCAUCACGUCUUGUUUGAGAACUUCCCCGGUACCAUCAUAGUCAUUAACAGAAACACAUAAUUUCCCUGGAGGGACUCCUGAUUUAAUUUUACCAGGAAUGUGUAAAUAAGCUCUUCUCCAGCCAGCUUAGCUGCUAGUUAGCCCCUGAUGCAUCUUUGCUUACUCUGUCAUUUCCCUCUGCAGAGUUUAUCGAGAGAUUCCUGCCCAGAGAGCUCCAGAUCGUCAAGCGCUUGGACCACAAGAACAUCAUCCGAGUGUACGAGAUGCUGGAGUCAACGGACGGGAAGAUCUACCUGGUGAUGGAACUAGCAGAGGAUGGAGACGUGUUCGACUGUGUCCUGCAAGGGGGGCCCUUGCCUGAGAGCCGGGCCAAAUCGCUCUUCCGCCAGCUGGUGGAGGCAAUCCGCUACUGCCACAGCUGUGGCGUGGCGCACCGUGACCUCAAGUGCGAGAAUGCGCUCCUGCAGGGUUUCAACCUGAAACUGACCGAUUUCGGAUUUGCCAAGCUGCUCCCCAAAAACCGGAAGGACCUGAGCCAGACAUUCUGUGGCAGCACAGCCUACGCAGCCCCCGAGGUGCUGCAGGGCGUGCCCCACGACAGCCGGAAAGGGGACAUUUGGAGCAUGGGCGUGGUUCUCUACGUCAUGCUCUGUGCAAACCUGCCCUUCGACGACACGGAUAUCCCCAAGAUGCUGUGCCACCAGCAGAAGGGGGUCUCCAUUCCUGGCCACUUGGGGAUUUCUGAGGAAUGCCAGGACCUCCUCAAAAGCCUGUUGGAACCGGACAUGAUCCUGAGACCUUCCAUCGAAGAAGUGAGUUGGCACCCGUGGUUAGCAAGCUCCUGAGAAAAGGACCGUGUCAAAAACUCUCCCCAAAUAAAAGGGGACAGGCUGUUUCCAAAAUGCUCACAUAUA